CUGGUCCAGGAGAAGCGAUGGCGAAUAAAUAGCGGCCAACACAUGGGACGGUUGAGAAGAAAGCGAAACGUUAGAACGAAAAAAAAAAAAAAAAAACACUACAAAAAACACCUGCUGGCGUGUGUGAGACAAGGAGAAGUGGACCUGUCUGAUGCGAGGCUAAACCAUGGUUUCCAGUUUGCUGACUUACGUCCCAUAUGUUCUUGUUUUGAUUGACAUGAGAUAUGCAGGAGUGAAAUGUGGCAAGGACGGAGGAGUGGACAGUCAUAUGGAGAUGGGGAAGAAGCUGCUCGCCGCUGGCCAGCUAGCCGAUGCCUUAUCUCAUUUCCAUGCAGCUGUGGACGGAGAUCCUAAGAACUACUUGGCCUACUACAGGAGAGCUACAGUGUUUCUAGCCAUGGGCAAGUCAAAGUCUGCGCUGCCUGAUCUAAGCAGAGUUAUUGAACUCAAACCAGACUUCACAUCUGCCCGCCUUCAGAGAGGAAAUCUCCUUCUGAAGCAGGGGGGACUGGAUGAGGCAGAGAGUGACUUUAAGAAAGGGGGGACUGGAUGAGGCAGAGAGUGACUUUAAGAAAGUGCUGAAAUCCAACCCCAGCGACAAAGAGGAGAAGGAAGCCCAGAGUCAGCUGAUAAAGGCGGAUGAAAUUCAGCGUCUGGUGGCUCAGGCACGCAGCAGCUUCAACAGCAAGGAUUAUGGGACCGCUGCUGCCCAGCUUGACACUAUCAUUGAAACUUGCGUUUGGGAUGUGGCCUCUCGUGAGAUGCGAGCAGAGUGUUUCAUCCUAAUGGGAGAGAUGGGGAAAGCCGUCAGUGACCUCAAAGCCGCAUCCAAGUUAAAGAAUGACAACACCCUGGCUUUCUACAAACUCAGCACCAUCUACUACAAUCUCGGAGACCAUGAGAUGUCCCUCAACGAGGUUCGUGAGUGCCUGAAGCUUGAUCCUGAUCACAAACAGUGUUACAGCCAUUACAAGCAGGUCAAGAAGCUGAACAAACAGAUCCGGUCUGCAGAGGAACUCAUUCAAGAGGAGAGGUACGAAGACGCUGUGAGCAAAUAUGAGGCUGUAAUGAAGACCGAGCCCAAUGUGCCCCGCUUAUCUCUUCUUGCCAAGGAGCGCAUGUGCCAUGCAUUAGCUAAGGUUGUGUGCGAUGAACAGGGCCAGCAGGGUAGCCGAGCCGUGUCCGUGUGUGGAGAAGUCCUCCGGUCUGAUCCGGAGAACGUCAACGUGCUGAAGGACCGAGCUGAGGCCUACGUCCAAGAGGAACAGUACGAGGACGCAAUUAGUGACUACGAAGCGGCGGCGAAACACAGCGAGAACGACCGUCAGAUAAAAGAAGGCCUGGAGAGGGCUCAGCGGCUCCUCAAGCAGUCCAAGAAGAGGGAUUAUUAUAAGAUCCUGGGAGUGAAGAGAACGGCCCAGAAAAAGGAGAUUAUCAAAGCCUACAGGAAGCUGGCACAACAGUGGCAUCCAGACAACUUCCAGGAUGAGGAGGAGAAAAAGAAGGCUGAGAAGAAGUUCAUCGACAUCGCUCAGGCUAAAGAGGUCCUCACUGACCCAGAGAUGAGAGCCAAGUUUGACCAGGGGGAGGAUCCCAUGGAUCCGGAGAGCCAGCAGGGUCAUCAUCAUCAUCACUUCCAUGGAGGCCACCAGGGCUUUCAGGGCUUCAAUCCGUUUGGCUCCGGAUCCUUCAACUUUAAAUUCAACUACAACUGAGGAUGCAAAGCUGGAGCACGUUGUCCACAUUCCUCCUCAUUUCAAAUGGAGAUCACUGGAAUGACUCUCACAAAGAUGUGGAGCAAAUUGUGAUUUUUAGUUUUCAGUGACCUUAAUUAAAAUAUUCAUCUUUAUAGUUGAAUUCCGUUUGGGGGAAACUACUAUCUGACAAGUGUGAAGCUGCUUUUAAGUGAAUUCAUUCUAACACAAGCAUCCUUUCAAAGUAUUGUUCACACUAUUGAUACCCAUUCUUAAGAUUCAAUUUCUACAUAGGUUCAGUUCUAUUUUUAUAUGAAUGGAGUUCAUUGAGAUGUAAAUAAAGACUUAUUUAUGUACCUUUUUUAAAAGGCAAGAGUGAUUGAAGGAAAGUUUGGAAGGCUUUUUUACGGUUUAAAAAAAAAAAAAGGCCUUUAGAAAU